ACUGGCUGCAACACAAGCCCAAAGCAUGAUCAAUUCACCCCGUGCUUAACGGUUGGAGAGGUGUUCUUUUCAUGAAAUUCUGCACCCUUUUUUCUCGGCCAAAAAGUUCUAUUCAAAAGGUUCGAAGGAGCAUCUAAACAAGCCUGAUGCAUUUUGGAAACAAGUCCUAUGGACUGAUGAAGUUAAAAUCGAACUUUUUGGAGAAAAAAGGGUACUCCUAUGCCCCAUCAUUGAAAUGUUUCCCCAAACAAUUACCUCAUUUUCAAGGAUUCUUUAUCUCAUUAUCUCAUGUUUUCAUUAUUUAUUCCUAUUUAUCUAUACUUGCAUUUGCAGUUUGUUGUCUUCUGCACUCUAGUUGAUCUUUCGUUGAUCCUAUUAUAGUUACCAUUCUAUAAAUUUGCUGAGUAUGCCUACAAGAAAAUGAAUCUCAGGGUUGUACAUGGAUAUAUAAAUGUACUUUGAUAUUAAAAUUUACUUUGAACUUUUGAACUUUGGUCUAUGGCAUUUCUAGAUAGCGUAUACUUUGCAAGCUGACUUUUCUUUAUUCAAUGCCGUCAAGGUUUUUCUUUCAACUCUACUACAAUAUUGUGAUGAUAAAUUUAAAUCUUAAAAAGAGCGUAAUAUUUAAACAAAUAACAAGUGGCUUUGCAUUUCUGUAAAUACUCUUACUUAUUUUAAUUCCAGACUAAGCAAACUAUGCACGAGAUUAAUUUUUCAGUAAUUAGACCUUGCAAAUAGGCUUCAGUUUAUGAGAAAUGAGAAACCAGAAACCCUGCAUUUACAACGGAUAUAAAUGUAGGUGACUUGUCCCUGUUUCUAUGACGUCGGUGGCUAAUGGCUGGAUGACGAUAGGCGCGGUCAAGCGAACAGCUUCGCUCUGCGGAGCUCCUCAGUGAGUGAAAUAUGACUUCACCCCCUAUUGCAUCAUUAAGAUGGGGAGAAAUGAAGGUGGAGGGCAGUGACACUUUAUACAAGGAUUGUAAAGUCUGGCCAGGAGGAAAUCGAAUGUGGGACUGGCGAGAGACAGGAACCCGACACAGACCUGGAGUUCAACCAGCUGACCUUGAUGAAAUUGUAAAUAAAGGUAUCCAGACUCUUGUUAUUGGAAGGGGGAUGGAGGAAGCAUUGCAAGUGCCUGAAGAGACGCUGGAUUUCAUCAGAAUACAUUUUAGCAUUUUAACUGGUUGCAUCACCAUUUGGUAUGGAGAGGCCACUGCACAGGAUCGGAAAAAGCUGCAGAAAGUUGGAAACUCAGCCAGCUCCAUCAUGAGCAGCACUAGCCUCCCCAGCAUCGAGGACACCUUCAAAAGGUGAUGCCUUAAAAAGGCGGCAUUCAUCAUUAAUGUCCUGGGUGACUGGGUCAUGCCUUCUUCUCAUUGCUGCCACCUAGUAGGAGGUACAGGAGCCUGGAGACACACACUCAAUGUUUCAAGAACAGCUUCUUCCUCUUUGCCAGCUGAUCUCUGAAUGGACAAUGAAUCCAUGAACACUACUUAACUAUCUUUACCUCUCUUUUUGCACUACUUAUUUAACAUAAUUUUUAUAUAUGUAUACAGGUACUUAUUGUAAUUUAUAGUUUUUAUUAUGUAUUGCACUGUACUGUUGCCACAAAACAACAAAUUAUGACAUAUGCCAGUGAUACUAAACCUGAUUCUGAUACAUUGUGAAACACUACUAUAGAUGAAGGUGACCUUGGAUUAGUAAACAGAAAAUAUUUUCAAAAUAUGAAAACUUAACCAUUUCAAAUAGUUAACCACAAUACUGCAACAUUAUCAGAAAGCUUUUGAAUCUUCUUUUUUCAAAUGAUGUGUGUGUUAGCUUAUCCAGAAAGAUUUGCUUAAUAAUAGAUUGCUGAAUUAAUCUGUGCAGUCUGUCUUAACGGAAUUUUAGCAAGCAAGAGUUAACUGUAUGUGUUCUCCAUAAAGUCUAAUUUUAAGUGGCCUAAGAUGUUGUACUCUUGACUUCGAAUGAGAUGAUUGUGGCUUUGAAACACUCUGUGGAUUAAGCAUGUAAUUAGGAUGGUGAUUCAACAGAAUACAAAUGAAGUACCAUCAAAGAAGCAAGAAUAGAAAUUUGACCACAAUACUUGUACUAAAUGUACAAUUUUGUGUCUGCUGCACAUUGUACUGUUUCCAAAAUUCAGCUCAUUUCUUUCAGAAUUCAGUUUCAGUGAAUUCAGGGUGUAAUACUCAGUGUCUGUGUGUCUUUUCCAAGUGACAGAAUGUGAGUUUAUACCCAGUGUUUUUCUGAUGAAAUAUUGAACUGAAUUACAAUCUGUCUACGUAGGAAGAUGUAAUUGAUCAAGAACAGAAAGAUCUGUACUUGGCCUAUGCCAUAUUCCUUCCUCAAAGCAAAAACGCAGAAAUAUCUUUAUUGCCUUUUGUAUUCUUUAUUCAGUAUCUUAUUAUUUUAACACCGUACCAACUUAUUUCAUACUUCGUACAAAAGCCCUUAGGUCAAACUUUUCCUACACCCCAUUAAAAUUAGUGCCAUUUAGUUUAUAUUUUGCCAAUCUUAACUCUUGCCAGAUAUAACAUUAUGUUGAAAGAUCUGUCAUUAUCUAUUAUCUUGCUAUUUUUUCCAACAUGUCUAAUAUGGCAUUGAAUAAUUGUAUUCCAGUCAUUUUUCUGCAACAUACUGCAAGGAAACAAGCUCCUUUGAUGUAUGCCUAUUAUUAAAAGUUGUUUUCUGUAAUCAUUUAAAGAUGUGGGCAUCACUAAAAGGUCAACAGCCACUGCUCAUCUGUAAUUUCCCUUGGACUAUGGUCCUUAUAGUUAAUGCAUCCUAAAACAUUUGAUGUCUUCCUUAUGAGAUAUGAUCUUUAUUUGGAAACUGAAUACACAAAAACUAUAAAUGUUGGAAAUCUUAAAUAAAAACAGAAAAUGCUGGAGCUUAAAAUGUUUGAUAUUUCUCUUUCUAUAAAUAACCUGAAACUUCAACCGUGUUGCAUUUUCCACAGAUACUGCCUGACCUGUUGAUUACUUCCAGCAUUUCUGUUUUUAUUCUUAGUUAUUCAAAUGCCAGAAAUCUACCCUUUCAUCUGUUUUCUGCACUGCCUACAAUGGUUGAAUGUUCCCAUUGCAGCCAUAUAACAGACAAUACAAGCAACAAUAGGCUUCCCAGCAACAGCAUCUAAUAUAAAUUUAUCCCUCUCUCUGUUCUACCUUUAAAAGAGCUGACUCAUGAUGAGGUAAAUUCCAGAUGUUCCAACUGCACUCCUGUCAUUUCAAUCAGGUGCCUGUUUAAAGUGCAAGCCUGGAUUGUGAGUGUCAGAAUAUUUGAUAUUUCUUUGUGAUUUGGAGGGAGUACUCUGCCCAUUGAGCCUAUGCCAUCUCUGAGGGCAACCUCAACAAUCCCCUUUGCCUACUCAUCUCUCUGUGAUUUAUUUUCUCUCACAAACCCUUAAUGUCUUGUGCCACACACUGUCAGUAGUAAUAUGAUAUUACUACACUGUAAUCAUGCAAAUUCCCACUAGGUGCUCUAAUUUCCUCCCACAUACUAAAGGUGUGCUGGUUUGUACAUGAUUGGCUACUAUAUUGUUAGGGCAAUUUUAAGUAGUCAAUAACAAGUAUGAAACUUGAGUUCAAAAGAAAGAGACAAAGACAGAGAGAGCUUGGGCCCACCUGUUUGUUUGUACUGGACUGUUUGUGUAAGAAGUGAUCAAAAUCUCUCAAAGUCAAAGAUCGGAGCUUCGAUCAACAUCAAUCACACACUUGAUUGGAAGCCAGUGAGAACUGGCCAGCCUCAGUUGUAUAAUAUCUAUCCUCAAAGUAACUGGGGAUUGUAACGAUAAAGUCAGUUAGUUCGAUAUGACUUUGAGCUCUUGUUGUUGAUUUAAAAGCAAUAUUUCUGCAGGAGAAUGCACAAACUCCCAGUGCAGAUUGGAGGCUUGAGACCUGGGUCACUGAAGCUGUUUUUAUUUAUACAUUGAUGAUUUUUUUGUCCUCCAAGUGCUGAAGUUCUAGAACAAAAACAUAGAGGCACAAGCUGAAUUAUGCUUUUUUAUUUUAUGGAGAAUACUUACAAUAUCCAAAGCAGAAAAUGCUGUAGUAAAUUACAAAAAUAUACAUUUGCAAUUGAAAUGAGAAACUUUAAUUUGUGCUGCAUUAUGCAGGAAACAGUGUUAUUACUUACAUGUCAUACUCUACAUUGAAAUGUGAGCGUGACAAUUCAAAGAUGACCCCUUGAAGAUUUAAGUGCCUUUAAUUUUACUAAUGAAGCAUCUUUAGGGAGAAGAAAACUUCAAACAUAGAACUAUAAAAGGAAACAAUAUACCACAGGUUUAUAGCAAUUUCUUUAUCCCUUUUAACAUUUAGUAGCGUUUCAUGUUGAUCAGAAAAAUAAAGCUUCAUUCAUUCAUCCCACAAUUUUCCUGUCCUUUCCACAUAUGACUAUCAGUUAGGGCUGGAUCACAUAUUUUUGCAGCAAACAUAUUGUAGUUGUCUGUUUAUUUUUGUAUAACCAAAUUAAAUACUUAUCGUUUCCAAUUAACAUUAAAGUGGUGUGUUUUGACUGAAGUGCGAGUUAUAUUUCCAAUGCUUCAUUUAAACAUGCUAUUUGAAAUACUACAUGAAGAACAGCCGAUAAAUAGAAUCUGAACCAAAGUACCAGAGUACAACUUUCACAGAGGUUUGCAUAAGGAGGAAGGUGGGUGGCAAAGAAAGAGCAUGGGUCUACCUAAUCAUACAAAAAUAUUGCAUAACUUGAGGUUUAGAUGAGUAUGCAUGUUCUCCUGUUACAUUAAGGAUGCAUGUGUAUGCUCCUCCAAAUGCUGGCAUAUUUAAGAUCCCGAGCAGCCCUCUAUUCAACUUUAUGUUUAAUUUUAGUUCUGAUGAUAUAUUCUUUUAUGUCUUGUUCAUUUUAAGCCUGAAUAACUUGUAUUUAAUUGAACCAGAAUCUGUUGUCUUGAGGAAUUCAUCUAGUAUUGUUAGCACGAACCUAUGACAUGGUUUUAUAUAAUCACAUUAAUAUCUCCCUAGUUUCCACAGCUACAGGCAUUGAACUAAUUGGCUACAAGUUGCAAAAUGUGGAAAGGCGUUUUAUUAUAUUGCAUUGGUAUGUGAAUAUGUCAAUACAAAGCUGUCAUGCACAGCUGGUACAAGAGCUCAAAACCUUCCUCUAGAAUGCUAGUUAUCAAAAAAGUGACAAGAGCAAAUAAUAAGAAACACAUUAUAAAUCUGUACUGCAUUUUAAAAUUGAAACAAUGUUCUCCUAAUGUGUUUUUGAUGUGAUACAAACAUAGGAAUGUUCAAAAGAUUCAACAUGGAUGCACAAAAUAAAAAUAACAUGGAAAAUGGUGCAGGCUUGGUGUCUUAAAUAAAGGCCUUUUCUUAGAAUAGUCAUGUUUGUCAGCCUCUGCUGA